CGACCAAUCAGAAAACGCCAAGUUCUUCCCGGUGUCAGAAGCAAAUUCAACUGAACAUUUUUUUGUGAAAUCCUUUUUAUAUCACUGAAGACAGUCAUCAAGUUAGUGCAAGAAGCCCACGUUGUGAUAUACAAUUUACUUAAAUUAAUUAUUUUUCUAUAGGAAGUGGCAAAAGAGGCACAAUGAAGUCUUACAUUUUGUAUGCAGUACUUUUAUCCGUGAUGUGGACGUCAUCACUAGCACUGAAGGAAGAUGAAUGCGAAGUCUGUGUUAAAACUGUUCAGAGAUUUGCUGACACCCUUUCGGAUGAUGUCAAGAAGGAUCCGAAGAAAAUAGAGGAUGAGUUCAAAGUAUUCUGCAAAGGCCAGAAAAACAAGGAGCAGAGAUUCUGCUACUACUUGGGAGGACUGGAAGAGUCAGCCACCGGGAUUCUCGGUGAAUUAUCGAAGCCUCUGAGUUGGUCAAUGCCAGCUGACAAGAUUUGCGAGAAGCUCAAGAAGAAGGAUGCUCAGAUCUGUGACUUGCGAUACGAGAAACAAAUUGACUUGAAUACCGUUGAUCUGAAGAAGCUCAAAGUGAGAGAUCUGAAGAAGAUACUUUCAGAUUGGGAUGAGACUUGCGAUGGUUGUCUUGAGAAGACGGACUACAUCAACAGGAUAGAAGAGCUUAAGCCUCAAUACACAAGGACUGAAUUGUAGAAUCCUGUUUCCAUUUAUUUCGCGUAUUUAAGUUGGAAUUCCAAAUCAAUUCUUUUUUGCCCAAUAAGUUAAAUUAAAAUAUGUUUCUUUUGUCUAAUAAUUAAUUAAAAAUCUUAGCAAAUUGUAUCAAAUUAUAUUUUCAUUUGUACGAUGAUGAUCGUAGGGAAAGAAUAUAUUUUGCAAAAAUUACCGUCAAUAAAGAUAAUAACUUUCUGAAAAUGCA